UUUCUCAUUUAUGUGUUCAUAGCUAAAGAUCAAUGCUUUGGAUAAAAUAACUCAAGAGAAAAGAGACGAACCUUUGUUCCUUGAAAUAAUAGUGGAUGAUGUUAAUGAUAAUAAUCCAGAGUUUGAAGGCAGCCUUAAUUUCUCUGUGGGUGAGCAAACUGCAAAUAUGGUAGUGGGGAAAGUAAAUGCUACAGACAAAGAUGAUCCCAAAACUGAUCAUGUUAGGAUCAAAUUCACACUCAAAGAUGGGCUGGAACAUUUUGCCAUCAACCCAGAUACAGGUGUCAUCACCACUGUGUCCAACACACUGGACCGAGAGACAAAAGACAAGCAUAUGGUGACUGUAGAGAUCAGAGACUUGAAGGGGGCACCAAACGGUCUUUCUAACACAGCUACGGCAACGAUCACCUUGAACGACAUCAAUGACAACCCACCAACUUUCAGAGAAACAUCUUUUAAAGCCACCACUCCAGAAAAUAAGGAGGAGGAACAUCUUAUCCUUAGAAUUCCUGUGGACGAUAAAGAUUUAAAUACCACAGAUAACUGGGUUUCCAAAUUUGUCAUCACAAAAGGAAAUGAAAAUGGAUAUUUCAGGAUUGAUACUGAUCCUGAGACAAAUGAGGGACGUCUCUAUGUUACAAAGCCCUUAGAUUACGAGAAGACCAAGAAUAUGGAGCUCAUGAUUUCGGCCCAGAAUGAAGCAGAGCUGAAAGGCACCACUGCCCAGUGGCUCUCUGUCCCAGUGAACGUUGCUGUCACUGACAUCGACGAAGGCCCUGAAUUCCUUGCUCCGACUGUUGCUUUCACAGUUGAUGAAAACUUACCAAAUGGCACAAUAAUAGGAACAUACAAAGCUAUAGAUCCAGAGACCAAGAGCAGCGACGGAAACAUGUAAUCCUCUUUUUCUUUUUAUUGCCUUAAUUUUUAAAAGGGAUUUCCUUUUUGUGGGUUGACAGAACUAUAGCACUCUCCAAAAACACAGCUUUUGGAUUAUCUUAACUCUUUGUUGAUGCUUUGCAAAUAAAUCCCUGAAACAUUUG